AUGACCCAUCAACCUUCCUUUGAGAUUGUAGUCGCGCACUACAAUGAAGACCUCUCUUGGCUCGAUGGCGCAAUCAAAGCAUGUACCAUAUAUUCGAAAGGUGGCGACAAAAACGCCCCUACACACCCGCACCAAAAGCUCCCCAACAUUGGCCGCGAAGGGCACACCUACCUGCACCACAUCGUGCACAACUACGACACUCUUACUGAAGUGACAAUCUUUCUCCAGGGCCGUAUCGACGACCACGUCUCAAUCAGUCUUGCUGAGCUCAUCAAGCGCUCCCUCACGACCAAAGACGGCCAAGUCAUGACCUUCCCCUUUCGUGAGCUUGAGCUUUUCGACCUCUGGGAUGGCUUUCCUUGGGAAUUGUACCCUUGCUGGUCCAAGUGGAACUCCAUGGAGUGCCUUAGGGCUCCCAUGACACCUGGGCAGUACUGGCAGCAUUUCUUUCCGAACAAAGACAUGAAAAUACCAGCCUUCAUUGGUUUUCAGCCUGGCGCGUUGUUUGCAGUUCACAAGAGCACAAUUCAGCAAUAUCCUCACUCAUUCUAUGAGAAACUCCUGAACGAGCUAUUUCUGGGCGAUAUGGCACAUAUCAACCCCGAGACUGGACACUUCUGGGAACGCUUCUGGCUCGCAAUGUGGAAUCCAAAGGAAUAUGUUUCUUGGCAUGAGGACGACGUUGCGAAAGAGGAGCGCAACGAACAGGGACAAUUGGCGAAGGGCAAGUGGCAUCGAACUCCCCGAAAUGUGGAUGUGGACGAGUAUAUCUCGGGCCCUGCAGGGACACAGAUCAAGAACUGGCACAAGCGAGGGAGACACUCAUUUUAUCCCGCUCGACUAUUGCCUAUCCAACACAUGCAACAGAGAAUGCAGAAACAUUGA